UGUUCGUGUUUUGUAACGUCUAUACUAUUGCUCGAUACCCGCGAAGCAGGUUAGUUAAUGAACAAAUGGAUCAUGACAGUUCGUUACCUCAGUUCCCUCCAAUUCCAAAAAUCUCUUCACCAUCACCAACGACCGUACCCACAUUUUAAAUCCUUCACUUUCUCUUCUCAACAUUUCCAAACUUCAGCUAAGUUAACCCACGGCUCAAAAUCCAACCCUUUUUUAAGCUCAACCCAAGAGCCUAAUUUCACACCCAUCUCUGUUCCCUACUACUCUAAGCUCUUAUCAAAAUGCAAUGCCACCAAGAACCCAUCUCCAGGCAUGCAAAUCCAUGCCAUUAUAAUUAAAUUUGGGUCGACCAAAGACCCUAAAAGUAGGAAUCUUUUGAUCAGUUUGUAUGCAAAAUGUAAACUUUUUCGCUAUGCCAGGAAACUGGUUGAUGAAAGUCCUGAACCGGACUUGGUUUCUUGGUCUGCUUUGAUUUCUGGGUAUGCCCAAAAUGGGUUUGGUAAAGAAGCAAUUUUGGCCUUUUAUGAGAUGCAUUUGUUGGGUGUUAGGUGCAAUGACUUCACAUUUCCAAGUGUGCUAAAAGCUUGUACUUUUACAAGGGAUUUGGAGUUAGGGAGACAGAUUCAUGCGGUUGUUGUAGUUACCGGGUUUGAGUGUGAUGAAUAUGUUGCUAAUAGUUUGGUUGUUAUGUACGCAAAAUGCGGGGAGUUUGGUGAUUCGAGGAGGCUUUUUGAGGAUAUGCCUGAAAGGAGUGUUGUUUCGUGGAAUGCAUUACUCUCUUGUUAUGUACAGAGUGAUUACUGUGGAGAAGCAGUGGAGUUAUUUCAUGAAAUGGUUUCGAGUGGAAUAAAACCUAAUGAAUUUAGUUUGUCUAGCAUGAUAAAUGCUUACACAGGGUUGGAGGAUAGUGGUCAAGGAAGGAAAAUUCACGGGUUCUUGAUAAAGCUUGGUUAUGAUUCGGAUCCUUUCUCGAAGAAUGCACUUGUGGACAUGUGUGCAAAGGUAGGAAGUCUUGAGGAUGCUGUUUUCGUUUUUGAGGAGAUUGCAAGACCUGACAUUGUUUCUUGGAAUGCUGUAAUCGCUGGUUGUGUUCUUCAUGAAAACCAUGAUUGGGCUUUAGAACUUUUUGGGCAAAUGAGAAGGUCUGAAACACAUCCAAAUAUGUUUACCUUGUCGAGUGCUCUAAAAGCUUGUGCUGGGACUGGGCUCAAGAAAUUGGGCAGACAGUUGCACUGUAACUUGAUAAAGAUAAAUGUAGGAUCAGAUCCUUUUGUGGAUGUUGGACUUAUAGAUAUGUAUUCCAAAACUUAUUUGAUGAAUGAUGCGAGAAUGGUUUUUAAUUUGAUGCCAGAUAAGGACUUGAUUGCCUGGAAUGCUGUUAUCUCUGGGCAUUCACAAAAUGGGGAAUACAUGGAAGCAGUAUCGCUAUUUCCUCUGAUGUAUAAGGAGGGUAUAGGAUUCAAUCAGACAACUUUAUCAACAGUCCUCAAAUCCAUCGCCAGCUUGCAGGCUAACAAUGUUUGCAAACAAGUUCAUGCACUCUCUGUAAAGUCAGGAUUUGAGUCUGACAAUUAUGUUGUAAACAGCCUUAUCGAUGCAUAUGGAAAAUGUGCCCUUCUAGAAGAUGCAACAAGAAUAUUCAGAGAGUGCUUGAUUGUAGAUUUAGUGGCUUUCACAUCUAUGAUCACAGCUUAUGCUCAAUCUGGACAAGGUGAAGAAGCUCUUAAGCUGUAUUUAGAAAUGCUAGAUAGAGGGAUAGAGCUGGAUCCAUUUGUUUGUAGUUCACUCCUGAAUGCAUGUGCAAAUCUUUCAGCAUAUGAACAGGGGAAACAAGUACAUGUUCACAUCUUGAAGUUUGGAUUUAUGUCUGAUAUCUUUGCUGGAAAUUCUCUCGUCAAUAUGUAUGCCAAAUGUGGAAGCAUAGAUGAUGCAGACCGUGUGUUCUCUAAGAUUCCUGAGAGAGGAAUAGUCUCAUGGUCCUCGAUGAUUGGAGGACUUGCUCAACAUGGACAUGGGAAAGAAGCCCUGCGGGUAUUCAAUCAGAUGCUUAAAUAUGGUGUUUCUCCCAAUCAGAUAACUUUGGUCAGUGUCCUUUGUGCUUGUAAUCAUGCAGGCUUGAUUACUGAAGCCAAACGAUACUUUGGCUCAAUGAGAGAGUUGUUUGGAUUUGAACCUAUGCAAGAGCAUUACGCUUGCAUGAUUGACCUCCUUGGCCGAGCAGGGAGAUUAGAUGAGGCAAUGGAACUAGCAAAUACAAUGCCUUUUCAGGCGGAUGCCUCAGUUUGGGGUGCACUUCUUGGUGCAGCUAGAAUCCAUAAAAAUGUUGAGCUUGGCCAACUUGCCGCGGAGAUGCUUUUUACUCUUGAACCAGAGAAAUCUGGUACCCAUGUUCUUCUUGCUAACAUUUAUGCAUCAGUUGGCAUGUGGGAGAAUGUAGCAAAGGUGAGAAGACUCAUGAAAGACUGCAACGUGAAGAAAGAGCCUGGGAUAAGUUGGAUUGAGGUCAAAGACAUGAUACACACUUUCAUAGUGGGGGACAGAAGCCAUGCUAGAAGUGAGGAAAUCUAUGCAAAGCUUGAUGAGCUAAGUGAGCGUUUGACCAAAGCUGGCUAUGUUCCCAUGGUAGAGUUUGAUCUUCAUGAUGUGGAACGCGGUGAAAAGGAGGAGCUUUUAUACCACCACAGUGAAAAACUUGCAGUAGCCUUUGGAUUGAUUGCCACGCCACCUGGAGCUCCAAUUAGAGUGAAAAAGAACCUCAGAGUCUGCGUUGAUUGCCAUACUGCAUUCAAGUUCAUUAGUAAAAUUGUCUCCAGGGAAAUUAUCGUGAGAGACAUCAACAGAUACCACCAUUUUAAAGAUGGUUCAUGUUCUUGUGGGGAUUACUGGUGAUAAUUUAGGAAGAAACGCAACUCAUACAAAACAUUAUGUACACUUCCCCCACAACCAUACCAUACCGUUACAAUAUCAAGCCAGUUCAAAGCCUAUCAUAAACCUUUCUUUUCUAAACUUCAACAAUAUUCUUGUCCCUUUGUGCCUUUUUGUUGUUCGUAUCACAUCAGGCAUAUUAGCUUAAAUCCCUUCUUUUCUGAUAAAUGAAAAUUGUUUAAUUUGAUUCCA